AUGGACACUCUACCCUCCCGCGAGAGCGUCUGGUCCGCGCUCGAGCACUUGGACCCCCCGCCGUCGUACCCAAGCCUUGACAACCUUGCUUCGUACGCGUCAACCGGGGAUAUCCCGCUCAUACUCGACUUUCCCCUCCCUUCCCUUCCCAGCUAUGACAGUACUCGCGACUCUCUGCGCUCGGUUCACACCUUUGGUCCCCCACGCGUCACGUUGACUCGUACGGGAGACGACGACGCCGGUAGCGAGAAGAUCGACGAUUCUCCGCGUACCGCCCCUAUACGGCAAGCUCGCAGCGCGGUCACCCUAAGCGACGAGUACGAUGCCAAGCAUCAUAGCCUACCCGCCUCGUUCCUUUCAACAUCGUCCUCUGCUAGCUCUGAGUUGCAGGCACUGCUCCUUCCACUCUCUUCGACUAUGGCUACAUUGCCUUCGCCUCGAUUCGCCCCUCCGUCCAUCAUGAGCUCAGAUGAAAGCCGUAUACAAAGCCCGGCUCCCUCUACGCCCGAGCUUGAGUCAGAGCACGAGUUUGAUCCUCGCGCGAGUCUUCUACGCCCGGGUAUCCAGCAACAGCAGCCGCUCAAGUCGAAGCUGCGCAAGGCCGUGAGCAGCUUGGUUCCGCAUCCUAGCCCUCACACGCAUCUGCAUCCACCACCGUCACCGCCUCGCCCGCCUGGACUCGAACAGGCGUCUUCGCCUCCUUUUUCGCACGUGCAUGACUCGCCGCGCCUUUCGAAGCUCUUUCAUCGUCGUACAUCCACAGCAACAUCUACACCAUCUCCUAUCCUCCCGCAGUCGCCUAUACCCGAGAUAACGCUCAGCACGCUACCCUCAGUCAGUUCUGUCGACGAAUGGCGUUUCGCACAGCUUCCCAUCGCCCUUGCCUGGCUUAAAGAUGCGACUGUUGAGCUUCUCAUCGAUCAAGAGGGCUUUCGUACCGCGCGACCCGCUUUUGUACUCAAGGGGUACAGCGGUCCUCCGCCACGCGCAGACGGAUCCCCGCCAUCGCUCACGGAUCAUCUUACACACGGACGCGCUGAUUUCAUGCCCGUGGAACGCAAGGAACUCGUAUUCCAUCACUCGUCGCUCGACGCAUCGCCCAUACUUCGAAGAGUGCACGUUGGUGCGGAUGAGGCCCAUGAUUAUGUCCGUCGCGAAGCACGUCUCGGACUCAAAGGGACGGGCGCAUACACCGUACGCGGGACUGAAGCUGUUCACAUGCCAUCACACCCUCUUCCAUUGAAUCGAACACAUGGGCUACCGAAUCUCCCGCCUUACGCGGAACUACCAUGGCAGUUUGAUUACUUCGUUCAUGAGCGCAAGAGGAAGGAUGGGCAGCCGUGGAAGGCCGAGGGUGGCGAGAAGGCGUUGGCACCGCUGUUGUUUGCUUGUGCGCCGGGUGUACUCGCACCUGCGCAGGCGAGGAAGGUCAAGAUUGUGCAGGUCGUCAUGAAGAGUGUGGCGGGGAAACUUGUGGCGGAGAAGAUUGCGCCGCCGAUGCCAGCUGGUACAGUUGAAGUUAGAAAGGGCAGCGGGGAACAUACAAAGGCCGCGAGGAAGACGUACGGGCAGGAGAAUGGGGUUUCUGGCGUGCACACGGGCCACCGUCGGUCGCGCUCGCAAGCUCAGGCCGUCGAUCAUCACGUCUCGGCCACUACGAUAUCUUCCAGCAGGUCUGCACAGAUGCCAUCCCGCGCACCGAUGCGCGAACUCACAAACGCGCCUCUGCCAUCUCUUCCGAGGAACAUCGUGCCAAAGGAGCUACUCGCCGCCUUAUUUGACGCGCCAGACUCUGGGCGGCCGCUUUCUAUGCCGACUCCGCCUUCGCCCGAAAGGCCGCGUCUGCGCCGAGGCUCGCAGUAUGGCUCUACAAGAGAGUGA